AUGGUUCUGAAGAAGCUUUUUCAUUCAGAAAAGGCUCCUGCUCGGCCAGCAACGAGCCUCGGAAACACAGGCGCGGAGGCUGAGGAACAGUACCUGUAUGCAGCGGAGCCCAAGCUCAUGGCCGGGCUUCCAUCGCCUGGUUGUCCCUCUCCGGGGUUUAGACCUGAACAGUCGUUUGAUGUGGACCAUCAUUUUGAACAGAUCGAGAAGCAAUUCGAGGAUUUGCACGACCAGCUAGAAACCCGGCCGCACACCUCUCUGUCCGGGCCGUUUACGCAGGCUCACCUCUCCCAACCGCUUUCCAAUGGCCGGCAUGUCGACCUACUGGAUGCGCUUGCUAGAUCUCAGCAGCUUCAGGACUCUACCGCACAACCCUUCUCGCCGCCAUCCAGUCCGUACAACGAAGAUGUCGCCGAGCGGAACAUGACCAGAUUCCUCCGAAUCCAACAUCGAAAAGGAUACGCCAGCUCCCGAAUACAGUCGGCACUCUACCAAGAGGAUGUGGCGGACCGGAAUAUUGCAAAAUAUGGUGACCCCGUACGCUCGCUGUCGAGCUUGAGUUGUCGGUCUUCUCCCGCGGCGCCUGGAUGGGUUCGUAGCCCAGAGGGCUCCAAACGUAAGAAGCGCACUGGAGAGAAGAAAUCUACAUGGACAUCGGAGGAGGAUCUACGGUCGAGAUCCCGUGCUCGGGCUGAGGCGGCUACCACGUUAUCCUCGGGUCAUCUUCGGGUCCAGAAAUCUGCUCCCAGUCUGUCCACAGGAGAGAGCUCUGCUGAAGAGGAUGCUGCCCCGGACCCCGUGCAGCGCCUGGGCGUUCCUGCUGCUUAUAAGCAAGGGAAACGAUGGAGCAAUACCCCAUUACCAGAUAGUCCCACGCUACCCGUGCCAGUGAGCAAUGGUGAUGGCGCCUGUGAAAGCCCCGUCAUCCCAGGCCGACCACCUGCUCCCACAGCGCGAAGCUCGUCCCUGAAAUCGAGACCUCUUCCUCCACCUUCGUCCCCGGGAGUGAGCUCCAAAAAGAACGUGCGAGACCUCUCGAUCAACACGCAAUUGGCGGCAAACGGCCGGGCAAAGAUCGCACACAAGGCCAUCCAGCCCCCGACGCCUUCCAAUUAUGAGAUGAAACGGGCCCCCAGCAUUGCAGAGGUCAUGGGCAGUCCGCUUCCAGAGCCUAGUCCCUCGUCUAAGUCUCCGCGCUUCAAGGUCUCGGAGAUGAUGGAUCUGUUCAAUAAAGCCUACACGUCCAGUCAGGCCGUCAGCCCUCAUCCAACCUACGAAACACUCCAGGAUGCCAUUGUGCGCGAAAUCAAUUCCCACGAAGCCUUCCAGCGCGUCCCCGUUCCUGCCGCUGGCCCACCAUUCACGCCGUCGUCAGAACAGGACUCGUUUGCCAAGGAAAAUCAGCGCCCCAAGCUGAUGAGCAAGAAUUCGUUCAUGAAACAUAGGCGAAACUCCGAGUCCCGCCGGAGUAUCUCUACCAUCGUCCCCUCCAAGGUCCUGCGCAAGGUCUCUGCCUCCCCAGUACCAGCACGCCGGAGACACACCGACGCACCACCCCCAUCACCAGGCCUCCUAGCGGACAUCAAGAAUCAGACUUCGGCAGAACCCAUUGCCCCUCGCCCGGCAACGGGAGACCAGCUGACGUACAUGGACGUCCUCCUCCGCGCGAGCAACGACAAGCCACCUACCUCCUCUGGCCCCAAACCCACCUCCACAUUUCGCAGACGCCGCCGCUCCGAAUCCGCAGAUGUCAACCUCUCCUCCAUGGUGCGCACCACACCCGACAUCAUGCCCCACACCCCGGGCACAGUCUACUGCCUGCAGGCGCACUCCACUCCCUCAAAGGACAGCCAGACUAGCGAAGACACGGACGACGAUAUCAUCCACCUCCCCAGCGUGGCUGGCCCUCCGCCACCGCGCGUGCAGAUCGAGGGCGUCGACGAGAACAAUGUCCGCUAUGUGAUCGACUCGGCUUCACCUGUUGACGCACAGAAGCUCAUGAACUGGCCGCAGCGUGCUCGCAGGGAUAGCAAACCUACUAAGUCCUCGAACACAUCCUACCAAACUGGUCUGUCGCCUCUGUCUCGCGCCCGGAUGCAGCUUCGUGGUUCUCGCUCCGUCGACACUUAUUAG